ACGCUUUGUUGUGUUCGUCGAACUCUAGGUUUUGGGCUGCAGUCCCGAUUCCUCAUAUGAACUCUAGGGUUUUGGGUCCAAUCCCCUUUUCAUUUUUGAUAUCGAGUUUUCUGCCGGGCAAUGGUGCAUUUUCAUCUGCAAAAUCGAAGUAACCGCCUGAUUAUGCACAAAGAAAAGCUUCAAAUAUCAAAUAAUUUUCUCAAUUCACUCUGAAGACAAGAAAAAGCUGCUUUAAGCAAGGAUAUUUUUCCUGGAUGUGCUAUUGACAUUUCUGCUAUGUCAGGGUUACUUAAUUCAUCUCUGAAUGGAUCGACCUCAAAUAUUCCAGAGAGUACUGGGAGGUCUUUUGCUACAUCUUUCUCUGCUCAAUCUGGUGCUGCAUCCCCUGUUUUUCAUCACACAGGAACCAUUCAAGGGCUGCACAAUAUACAUGGGAGCUUUAAUGUUCCCACCAUGCCUGGCACGCUUGCAUCUAGAAACUCUACGAUAAAUAAUGUUCCUUCAAGUGGAGUUCAACAACCUGCUGGAAGCCUUUCUAGUGGUCGUUUUGCCUCGAACAAUCUCCCUAUUGCCCUUUCUCAGAUAUCUCAUGGCAGCUCACAUGGUCAUUCAGGGGUGACAAACAGAGGUGGAAUGAGUGUUGUUGGAAGCCCUGGGUAUAGUAGUGGCACAAAUGGAGUUGGUGGUUCUAUUCCUGGGAUUCUUCCAACCUCUGCUGCAAUUGGCAACCGUGGUGCUGUUCCAGGAAUGGGAGUACCUCCAAUUCUUGGAAAUGCAGGAUCUCGAAUUACAACCUCAAUGGGAAACGUAGUCGGUGGGGGCAACAUUGGGAGGAACAUGAGCUCUGGUGGGGGAUUAUCUGUGCCUGGUCUUGCUUCUCGCCUAAAUCUAACUGCCAACAGUGGUUCAGGGAAUUUAAGCAUGCAAGGUCCAAAUAGAUUGAUGAGUGGCAUGCUUCAACAUGUUUCUCCACAGGUGAUUUCCAUGCUAGGAAAUUCUUAUCCAACUGCUGCUGGCCCACUCUCUCAAAGCCAUGUCCAAGCAGUUAAUAAUCUUAGCUCUAUGGGAAUGUUGAAUGAUGUAAAUUCAAAUGAUGGUUCACCCUUUGAUCUAAAUGAUUUCCCUCAGCUGAGUAGCCGUCCCAGUUCUUCUGGAGGGCCCCAAGGACAACUGGGUUCGCUUCGUAAACAAGGUAUUGGAGUUAGUCCUGUUGUUCAACAAAACCAAGAGUUCAGUAUUCAAAAUGAAGAUUUUCCAGCUUUACCAGGAUUUAAAGGUGGUAAUGCUGAGUAUGCUAUGGACCUGCACCAGAAAGAACAACUACAUGACAGUACUGUGUCCAUGAUGCAGUCUCAGCACUUCUCUAUGGGCAGGUCUGGCGGAUUCAAUUUGGGAGGUGCAUAUUCAUCUCAUCGUCCACAGCAGCAACAUGCUCCAUCAGUCAGUAGCAGUGGUGUUUCCUUCUCUGGUGUAAACAAUCAGGAUCUUCUCCAUCUGCAUGGUUCAGAUAUGUUCCAGUCAUCUCAUUCAAGCUAUCACUCACAGACUGGUGGACCUCCUGGCAUAGGAUUAAGACCUGUGAAUUCCCCUAAUACUGUUUCUGGUAUGGCGUCAUAUGACCAGCUUAUUCAACAGUAUCAACAACAUCAGAAUCAAAAUCAGUUUCGUCUGCAGAUGUCUGGUAUAAGCCAGUCCUAUAGGGAUCAAGGUGUCAAGUCAAUGCAGGCUUCACAAGCUGCCACAGAUCCAUUUGGUUUGCUUGGUUUGUUGAGUGUAAUAAAGAUGAGUGACCCUGAUCUAACAUCCCUUGCCCUUGGAAUUGAUCUGACAACUCUUGGAUUGAACUUGAACUCAACAGAAAAUCUUCAUAAGACCUUUGGGUCCCCAUGGUCUGAUGAGCCUGCCAAGGGGGAGCCAGAGUUCAAUGUGCCGCAAUGUUAUUAUGCCAAACAACCACCACCUCUAAAUCAAUCUUAUUUUGCAAAAUUCCCUGUGGAUACAUUGUUCUACAUUUUUUACAGCAUGCCAAAAGACGAAGCCCAGUUAUAUGCUGCAAAUGAACUGUACAACAGAGGUUGGUUCUAUCACAGAGAAGUUCAUCUGUGGUUUACUAGGGUCUCAAACGUGGAGCCUCUUGUCAAGACAAAUACAUACGAGAGGGGAAGUUACAUCUGUUUUGAUCCAAACACGUGGGAAACUAUUCGCAAGGAUAAUUUUGUUCUCCAUUACGAGAUGUUGGAAAAAAGACCAGCCAUUCCUCCUCAAGUUCAACAUUAACUCUUAUUCCCAUUUUGGAAAUGUAAAGUUUCAGUCUAUAGCUUUUAUCAUUAGAAGCAAUUCAGUUUGCUGCUUAGUCUGCCAGCUGUUUUCCAUUGUAAGCAAUAGUGGCACCAUUUGCUUUCAUAAUAUAAAAACGAGAAAGAAACAAAGAACUACAUUUUUAUC